AUGCAUUUACAAACGGCCACCAGCGCAACCACUGCGACGAUGGCAUACCCAACUCUCCCCGCUUCGCCCACGCUCACGAAUCCUGACAUGAUCCUGCCAUACGGUGACGAAUACGAUUCUCCCCCUUCUCGACCACUUUCGCCAGACAACCAGUGGGGAGGCUCGAAGCAAGCCAAUAUGCAGUUCUCCAUUGGACCUCCCAUGGGACCUCUCACACCGACUACCCCUAUAAUCUACGGGAAUGGGACAAUGUUAUCGGAUAUUGGGGAAGUGACAGAGGCGGAGAGCACACCAGGACGAAGGCUACCAGGACCAGCCGAAAGGAGGAUGCUCAAACAGCAGGCGCAAAACAAUAGCAAUGCGCGCCUGCGGUCAAGCCCCACACUGGGGGGAAUGCGGUCUAGUCCAACAGUGGGCUACGAUGCGGUAAUGAAGCGAGCGAAGACUGGGACACAUCAGAGAACCGUUUCCAUUGAAUCGACAAGUACGGUAACAUCUGAAGGCCAAUCGGCCGAGAUAUUUAAAGAUUUUGAUGAUGGAAUUAGCGUGGACGACAGCAACUUCCAGGGGGAUGAUGAGGAGAGUGUUGCGGAUUCAUAUUCGUAUAGCCAGGAAGUAAUUGCACAAGAAACACAGCGCUUAUCGAAUAGGAAUAGCAUGGUUGGGGUGGACGAGGACGGCAAUUCAAGUGCUGCAUUGAGCAGGAGAGCCGAACAAAUCCUGCUGAAUGCAAAGAGAAGGCUUAAUAAUAUGGAGGGAAACCUCACACGAGCUCGAAGUACCCUGCACAAAACUGCUUCCGGCUCUUUGUCUUCCAUCCACAGUAGCAGUCCGUUGUCGAGAUCGACCCCUUCUCCCCCACAAAGUGGCGGACUAACAUCUCAUUUUGCCGCACCGCCUUCAAUGCACCGGCAGAUACAUGCAUCUUCCAAUCCCAUGGCGGGAAGCCCAGGACACUCGAGGGUUUACAGCGAGAACUCUAUAUCACCGAAUAUGCGAACGCCCCAGUUUCCGGCUAGAUCAACAAGUGCAGCGGCUCGAUACAUUGGUAAAGGCGGAACGGAUGUCAAUCAACGGUCGCCGACGUCGCCCCAGGAUAGUAUCAGAGAGGAAUCCAACAACACACCCACCCCUCGAGUUCCUUCAAGUCGAACCUCACCUCCAAACAGAACUUCACCCCCACAUGCUGGUGCACUCGAGCCGCUGGGGGAAGACGAGACUCUGGUGGAUUUUGAAGCCGACAGAGCGAGCAUUCAGUCCAGCGCGGAUGGUCAUCUAGGGCCUAGUGGUGACCAUCGAGGUUUGACUCGUUCGGCAUCUUCGAUGCAAAUGCGCGACAUUCGGGAUCAAAUGCAUGAUUUGAAGGGUAGACUUUCCGUGUUACGGGAUCGGGCUCGAGAUGAUACUAUGAAACGCCGAAGUUUACAAAGUCUCAGAACGCCAAGUCCUUUUACGGCCGCUGAACAGUGGUACACUGCUGCAAAAGGCUAUGGUGAGGGUGGGCUGAGUGCAGAUGCAGGCGUUGCGCAUCCUCCUUGGAAUCAAGAAUCCCAGGACACGAAAGAUAUUAAUGUUGAUGCGAAUCCCGAGAGGCUUGGUCAUGAGGAGCAGGGACAUGCACCCGAGUAUGCAGCCUCUGAUGUUACGAGCGUCUACGAAGAUGUUAACGAAGAACUCCACUCGACAGAUCUUUCAGCUCGCCCACAAGAACCACGAAUCAUAGAGGAAAAACAUGAUGGUGCAAAACUGGCUGGGAAAGAUGAAGAGCAGAAUGAGACUGAUGAAGAUGACUAUAAUGACGAGAUUGUUAACCGCGAGGAGGUUGAUGACUAUGAGAGCGAUGCAUCGUCUUACCAUGACACUGUUACGACAGCUAUUUCACACGAGGAUCGUGAAGACGCAUUCGAUUACGAACACUUCUUCUUGCACAGUGCCAUGGGUACUAUUAGCCGGCAAAGAAAUGGUCGACGAGAAAGUUUCAGCUCUGAUGACUCUGUAGAAACAACGAGAGGUCCUACAACGCAGACCACAGGAGGGAGGCCAAUUUCCCAUAUCCGAAACAGUAGCAAUACUUCCGUGUCGACAUUUGCAUCUUUUGCAACGGCGACAGAGGGACGACGUUCAGUGGAUCUACGAGAUGAGGACCGGGGAGACUUUGCCGUUCAACACAUUGUUGCACCCGAACGCGAUUCAUCGACCCCCGUGAGCGCAAAGCGACUGACUUUUGGUGACGGCUCUCCCAUCCAAAAUGGUUACACAGUUGAUCGACAAUCACCAUCAGACGAAAUGGAGAGGCCUCCGUCUGUAAUUCACGACCGAAAGAAUCGGGAUGGGACGAGCCACCCGCACAAAGCCUCCGUCGCAUCUCUCGAGUCGUCCUACAGCGAAGGCUCAACUGGAUCGGCUCGCAGUUUCCCCCUUGUGAACAAAGCCAAAUCCAGUCAGUCGCUCACGCCAAAUGGUUCAAGAGAAAAUGAACAGGGGUCGCCAGUCCACAUGCUAGCGCAGGAAGAUCAAAUUCUUGUUGAGAAACUGGUAGCCAGUCUAGGAAAAUGCGUAUUAGGUCUAUCGGAAUCCGGGCGUGAAAGCUAUGACAGCCGGGUCUGGAAGCGCAGACUAGACGCCGCAAGGCGGGUGCUCGAUGGGGAAGAAGGCGCUAUUUGA